UAAACAAUCAUUCUUGAUCAAAUCAAUCAAUCAUUUGAAAUUCAUGGUCGUGAAAACUGAAAGAUUUUAUGUUCUCCAAAUUAUUUGCAGAUUAUUAAAGAUAGUAAUCCUGAGUAUGGGCACUCGUUUUUCUAGCUCUUCUCCAAAAAUGUUUUCUAGUGUUGAGCGAAAACUUAUUAAUGAAUUAAUAAACAAACACUGUGUUGUUAUUUUUUCCAAAUCUCAUUGUAUAUACUGUCGAAAAGUGAAAAAGUUAUUUGAUGAAAACAAUAUAAAUUUCACAACUAUUGAAUUAGACAAAAGGGAAGAUGGAAGUAAUAUGCAGGAUGUUCUUCAUGAAAUUACAGGCUCCAGAACAGUUCCACGAGUAUUUAUAAAUUCAGAAUGCAUUGGAGGUGCAUCUGAUACAGAGAAAUUGUACCAAGAAAAUAAACUUUUUGAAAAAAUUAAACUAUGUAGUAGUAGGUUAUAGUGUUAAAAAUUUUUAAAACUACUUGUACUAAUGUAGUUUGUAGAGUGUACAGGUUUGCAUUGCUUCAAAGUUUUAUUUGUAACUCAUUCAUCAUAUUUAUUUUUUUUAAAAAAACUACCCACAAAUUUGUAAAGCAAACAUGCAUGUUGUACAAUAAAUAUUUAAUGUUUCA